UUUCUCAUCUCUCUCUCUCUCUCUGCCGCUUCGGCUAGGGUUUACUGUUAUUUUCUCUCUCUCACACACACACAAACACUGUCUCUAUAUAUUUCUUGUAUAUCACCUAUUAAUGGGGUUUUGAUUUUAGUUCUUUGAGAUUAUCAUUCUUAAGUCAUAUAUUGAAAAACCCAUUUUUUGUGCUAUUGAAAAAUGGCCUCAAGAAACCCAUUUGAUCUUUUGGUUGAUGAUGAUAACGAUGACGUCACUCAGCUCAUAAGUAAAAUAUUUUGAUGUUCACUUGAAAAAUGGCUUCCGGUUGCUGCUCCGGCUAAGAAAGCUCCGACUGCCGGUGGUUUGACUGCUAAGCCUGCUCCUAAGAAAGCUCCGGCUGUUAUAGGAUCUUGUAAUAGAAAGACAGGAUUCGAUAUGAAGGAUUAAGGUGUAUUUGAUAUGAAUGGCUUCAAUGGAGGUUACAUGCCUACAGCUGACGGAGAGGUUGAUAAGUUCUCUGAGAGACGUGGAUUCAGUUCUUCCCGUGGCGCUUAUCGUGGUGGCUACGCAAAUGGGGAUAUGGAUGGUGAACGCCCUAGAAGGGUUUUUGAACGCUGCAGUAUGACUGGUCGUGGUAAUGAUCUUAAGCGUGAUGGUGCCGGUCGUGGUAACUGGGGAUCUCCUACUGCGGUUCCUAACAGCAUGGAUCUUUCUGACGACAUAUUUGGUGCAUCAAUAAACUUGGAAGAUAUCCACUUGAAUGAAGGGUUUAAAGAAGGCUAUGAUACUGGUUUUGCUUCUGGAAAAGACGAUGGACGUGAAGUUGGACUGAAAACAGGAUUCAUAACUGGUGAAGAAUUAGGGUUUUACAGAGGCUGCAUUGACGUGUGGAAGUCUGUGCUCCGAGUUGAACCAACAUGUUUCUCGGCAAGGGUGCAAAAGAACAUCAAAGAGAUGGACGAGUUGGUGACCAAGUAUCCGAUUCUGGAGCCAGAAAACGAGUCUGUAACGGAUAUGAUGGGGUCAUUAAGGUUGAAGUUUCGGGCUAUUUGUGCAACAUUGAAUGUGAAGUUGGAGUACAAUGGGUAUCCAAAAGCCUCAAACCCGAAUGAGAUUCAGUUUUGAGGUGUACCAGCUUCGGAUCAAGUGAUCAACCAAUUAUUAAACUGGUAUUCGGGGUUGCGUUUUGCGUAGAUAACUGAAGUAUGACGUUUGCUAGAUUCAAAUAAUCUAGAAAAUAGUGUUCGUGGAACCAUGACAAAACGAUAAUCUAAGGUUUUUUAAGAAAAUGCAAUUCUGAAGAGCCGGGCUGGGAUUAGCUUUUUGCAUUACCUUGCAAUCGCAAUUCCAAACGUCCUUUUUAGGAAUUCUUUCAUGAAACUUUUUUCUUAGGUAUGUAAUUAACAGUUGAACAUGUGUGUAUUUGUAUUAAAUACUUUUGCUACACAAUUUAUUGCAAUAAUCAAAAUUAGUAAGUGCAUGUAUUACACCCUUUAACAAAACAGUUGUCUAAGUUGUUUGGAAUUUUGGAUGACA